CGAAGGCGGGGCAGGGCGUGGUGGGAAGCUCUGUCUGUGGUCUCGGCUGGUGCUCCCGGGCAGAAUUACCUCUAGUCUCCCUCUGUUAGUUCGACAUGGCGGGCCCUGGCCCGGGCGCGGCGCUAGAGUCCCCGCGCCAGCUGCUGGGUCGCGUGCGCUUCCUGGCGGAGGCAGCACGAAGCCUCCGCGCCGGGCGACCGUUGCCCGCAGCGCUGGCAUUCGUGCCGCGAGAGGUGCUGUACAAGCUUUACAAGGACCCGGCCGGACCGUCCCGCGUGGUGCUGCCGGUGUGGGAGGCGGAGGGCCUGGGGUUGCGUGUGGGUGCCACGGGCCCUGCCCCUGGUACGGCCACCGGGCCCCUUCGCGCCGCCCGCGACAGCAUCGAGCUUCGGCGCGGCGCCUGCGUGCGCACCACAGGCGAGGAGCUAUGCAAUGGCCAUGGUCUCUGGGUAAAGCUGACCAAGGAGCAGCUGGCUGAACACCUGGGUGACUGCGGACUGGAGGAAGGCUGGUUGCUGGUAUGCCGCCCAGCGGAGGGUGGGGCCCGCCUUGUACCCAUAGACACUCCGGAUCACCUCCAGCGGCAGCAGCAGCUCUUUGGCGUGGACUACCGACCGGUGCUCAGAUGGGAACAGGUGGUGGACCUGACAUACUCACAUCGCCUGGGAUCGAGGCCUCAACCAGCGGAGGCAUACACAGAAGCUGUACAAAGGCUACUCUAUGUGCCCCCAACAUGGACCUACGAAUGCGACGAGGACCUGAUCCACUUCUUGUAUGACCACCUGGGCAAGGAGGAUGAGAACCUGGGUAGCGUGAAGCAGUAUGUGGAGAGCAUAGACGUUUCCUCCUACACGGAGGAGUUCAAUGUGUCUUGCCUGACAGACAGUAAUGCAGAUACUUACUGGGAGAGCGAUGGGUCCCAGUGCCAGCACUGGGUACGGCUUACUAUGAAAAAGGGCACCAUUGUCAAGAAGCUGCUACUCACAGUGGAUACCACAGAUGACAACUUUAUGCCUAAGCGAGUGGUUGUCUAUGGGGGCGAAGGGGACAACCUGAAGAAGUUGAGUGACGUGAGCAUUGACGAGACCCUGAUCGGGGAUGUCUGCGUCUUGGAGGACAUGACAGUCCACCUCCCAAUCAUCGAGAUCCGCAUUGUGGAGUGCCGAGAUGAUGGCAUUGAUGUUCGUCUUAGAGGGGUCAAGAUCAAGUCAUCUAGACAGCGGGAACUAGGGUUGAAUGCAGACCUGUUCCAGCCAGCCAGUCUGGUGCGAUAUCCACGCCUAGAAGGCACUGAUCCAGAAGUACUAUACCGCAGAGCUGUCCUCCUGCAGAGAUUCAUCAAGAUCCUAGACAGUGUCCUGCACCACCUGGUACCUGCAUGGGACCACACUCUAGGCACCUUCAGUGAGAUUAAGCAAGUGAAGCAGUUCCUACUGCUGUCACGCCAGAGACCCAGCCUGGUGGCCCAGUGCCUGCGGGACUCAGAAAGCAGCAAGCCCAGCUUCAUGCCACGCCUGUACAUCAACCGUCGCCUUGCCAUGGAACAUCGUGCCUGCCCCUCUCGGGACCCUGCCUGCAAGAAUGCAGUCUUCACCCAGGUUUAUGAAGGCCUCAAACCCUCUGACAAGUACGAAAAGCCCCUGGACUACAGGUGGCCUAUGCGCUAUGACCAGUGGUGGGAGUGUAAAUUCAUUGCAGAAGGCAUCAUUGACCAAGGGGGUGGUUUCCGAGACAGCCUGGCAGAUAUGUCAGAAGAGCUGUGCCCUAGCUCUGCUGACACCCCUGUGCCUCUGCCCUUCUUUGUGCGCACAGCCAACCAGGGCAAUGGCACUGGUGAGGCCCGGGACAUGUAUGUGCCCAAUCCUUCCUGCCGAGAUUUUGCCAAGUAUGAGUGGAUUGGACAGCUGAUGGGGGCUGCCCUUCGGGGUAAGGAGUUUCUGGUCCUGGCUCUGCCUGGUUUUGUGUGGAAGCAGCUCUCUGGUGAGGAGGUGAGCUGGAGCAAGGACUUCCCAGCUGUAGACUCUGUGCUGGUGAAGCUCCUGGAAGUGAUGGAGGGAAUGGACAAGGAGACAUUUGAGUUCAAGUUUGGGAAGGAGCUGACCUUUACCACCGUCUUGAGUGACCAACAGGUGGUAGAGCUGAUCCCUGGGGGCACAAGCAUCGUAGUGGGAUAUGAGGACCGUUGUCGUUUCAUCCAACUGGUGCAGAAGGCACGGCUAGAGGAGAGCAAGGAGCAGGUGGCAGCCAUGCAGGCAGGUCUGCUGAAGGUGGUGCCGCAGGCUGUGCUGGACUUGUUGACCUGGCAGGAGUUGGAGAAGAAGGUGUGUGGGGACCCAGAGGUCACUGUGGAUGCUCUGCGCAAGCUCACUCGAUUUGAGGACUUCGAGCCAUCUGACACGCGGGUGCAGUAUUUUUGGGAGGCGCUGAACAAUUUCACCAAUGAGGACCGGAGCCGCUUCCUGCGUUUUGUGACAGGCCGCAGCCGCCUGCCAGCACGGAUCUACAUCUACCCAGACAAGCUGGGAUACGAGACCACAGAUGCGCUGCCUGAGUCUUCCACCUGCUCCAGUACCCUCUUCUUACCACACUAUGUCAGAGAGAAGAGGAUUUUUGGAGGACCUAUACUUCACCAUUUUUACCAUGUCAACUGUUCCUUUUGCUUCUAAAUUUAUUUGAUACAAAGUUGUAGAAAGAUUUAGAUGAAACACAAGUCCCAAAUUUCAAUACCUUCUAUUAAACUCCAAAACCUUACAACUGUCAAUAUAGUAUUCUCCCUGCUUAUGAUUUUCAUAUUCCCAAAGUACUAUAAUAGUGAAUUAGAAGCUGCUUUUGCAAGAAGUACUGACAUUUCAUUUGCGACUGCUGAUGCCUGAUGGGUAAUUAAAAGAAAGGUAAAGUUUGGCAUUUCUGCCUUCAUUUUAUAUUUGUCCCCUUUGCCUUAAAUCUUGGGUCAGAUUUUUACUAACUGCACAUAAGCAUGCUAAUAAUUUAAGAAGUACAUAUCGAAAAACUGGUAUAUAAGGUUGUUAGCCUUUAUUUGCCUAACCUAUCUGGUUCCCUUUUGAGACCAAAGACAUCAAGAUAAGAAUAACUAAGGUAUUUUCAAGAUUUGCAGGGACAUUCAACUGUCAGCUUUUAUAAGGUUCUACUCCAGACUAUUGGUGUGGCCCCUGAAAGUUCCCAUUGCCCUACACCUUUGCAGAAUAGCAAGCCUUGCAGGCAGAUCACCUCAUGAAAAGACUGCUCCCCUAAGCAAGAGAAAUUGUCUCAUGGGAACAAAAUUGCCCCUUUUGAGGAUCACGGAUCUGUUACAUAAACAGCCUGAGCAGCAAAUGGAAUUUGCCACCUCAAGCAGUAAGGACUUCUCUGGAGCUGCCUUGCAGAACCAAAACUGAGACAAUGAUGAAUCAGGCCAUAGUUUGACCAAAACUGUUUAAUUAUGGAUACCUCUAGCCCCCUGCCCAUUCUUUCUCUGUUUAAACCUAAAGCUCAGUCUCUGGAGGUUUACACAAAAGAUUUCAGAGCCCAAGUUUCAUGGUGAGGAUGGAGUGGAAGCUGUGGGCAGCAUCACUGAAGAGAAGGGUGGAUGGGUAUCUGACGCCUAUGGAGAGGACCACUUUCCUCCCCUAGGGGUGAUGAAGAUGGUUAUGAAGAAGAGGAUGAGGACAGCAAACAGAUGACGAAUCAGAGACAGAAAACUUGAGGCUAAUGACCCCCCAAAAAUGGUGUUCAAAGAAGAAAAGGGCUAGUGUAACUUGGAACUCAAGCAAUCACAACAUGCACUUUCCCUUGAGACAGCCAUCUUACUUUGGCAUGCAACAAAAGUGUUCAUGCUCCCAGCAACUUGGGAGGCUGAGGCAGGGAGAUCACAAGUUCAAGACCAGCCUCAGUAACUUAGCGAGGCCCUAAGC